AUGGCAAUCCAAAAUCCUCCCCAAGGCCAGAUUCCGGUGAUUGAUAUAUCAGGAACCCGGCCAGACGUAGAAACUGCAGAAGAACUGGUGAAAGCGGCCUCCACUUAUGGUUUCGUUUACAUUAAAAAUGAAGGGAAGGACAUACCAGUAAAGGUCAUUGACGAUAUAUUUGAUGUGUCGAAGAAAUUCUUCAGUUCUCCAACCGAGGAGAAAGCUCAGUGUAAGAUAACGGAGAGUAAUAGAGGAUGGUCAGGAAUGCACACAGAAACCUUAGAUGCCAAGAACCAGCGAGUUGGAGACUUCAAAGAGGCAAUGAAUUUGGGCGAGUUCAUAGAUGGAAAGGCUCAGCAACCUCUUACUCCCUCGCUUAUCGAGCACGAAAAGGACUUGGCGAAUUUUCAUAAAUAUUGCCAUGAUAUGAUGUUAAAGAUCUUAACUCUAUUCUCAAUAGGCCUAAAAAUCGAUGAGGAAGCGGGAGGUUCAUCUUGGAUACCAGCACGCCAUCAAGGCGGAUCUAGUGGAUGUACCCUUCGUCUCCUCCACUACCCCUCGAUUCCCGCAGACAGCGACUACCAACCCUCGGUCGACAUAAGAGCGGGAGCACACUCGGACUACGGCUCCAUAACCCUUCUCUUCCAACGACCCGGCCAGCCAGGCCUUGAGAUCAUUCCUCCAGAAACCCGAACCUCGGAACGUGACUUCGGGCCAACGGCCGCAUGGACGCCUGUUCCUGUUUGUCCACCCGGUACGGAAAACGAUCCAAGUCCACCAAUUCUUGUUAAUAUUGGAGACCUACUUAGCCACUGGACGAAUAAUCUCAUGAAGAGUACGGUUCAUAGAGUGGUGUUUCCAAAAGAAGGGAAACACGGAGGCGAAGAUAGGUAUAGUAUUGCGUACUUUGGACACCCGGUCGGAAGUACUGUUCUAGAACCGAUCCCGAGUGAGAUGGUGAGAGCACUUGGAACAAGCAAAGGUACAGGCGUGGAAGCCAUGACAGCCGAUGAGCAUCUGAUGAGCAGAUUGAAAGCUACAUAUCUUGGGAUGUACAGAGACGAUGAGCAGAAAGAUGAGAAGGUCGCUGCUGCAUAA